AUGGGUGGAACAGAGAGAGCAGAGGAGGAGAUGAUGUCACCUCUGCUCCUCCACCAAUCAGAGCUGGCGCUGGGGAGGGCAGAGAGGCAGAAGGGUGUGUUUCCCUCACUGCAGCAUCCCAGCAGCCCUCACCCAGCGCAUGGGAUGAGCAGAGAGAAAGAGAAAGACCCAGAGGAGACGGAGAACAAGGUGUGUCACCAGAGCCCAAAACCCAAAACCUUUACUCUGUCUGUGGAGGCUUCCUUCUGCACUCUAUCAGACACAUAUAACAACCUAAAACAAGCUCCAAAGAUCACAGCUCAGCCCGUGUCUCACACCGCUUUCUCUCUGGAUGAUGUCAAUCUGGCCUGUGAAGCCAGUGGAGACCCGGUGCCCAGCUUUCGCUGGGUCAAAGAUGGCGAAGAGUUUAGGAGGGAACUGUUUGAGUCCGGGACCCUGACAGCAGAUGAUAAAGAGGAGCUCCGAUCCUAUCAGGGCUCGUACCGCUGCUACGUGGCCAACGAGCUGGGAACCGCCGUCUCAGACCUGGUGCACCUGAUCACAGAGCCCAUCCCAACCUUGGCCAAAGAGAAGAGGCAGAAAAGAAGAUCGUUUGAGGAAGGAGAAACCACAGUGCUCUACUGUAACCCUCCCAAGAGCUCUGUCACUCCCAAAAUACACUGGAUGGACAUGCAGCUGCGCCACAUCCCUCUGAAUGAGCGGGUGACCACUAGUCUUGAUGGAAAUCUGUACUUUGCCAACUUACUAGACAGUGACAGCAGAGAAGACUACACCUGCAAUGCCCACUACAUCAACGCCAGCGUCAUCCUCCCCAAAGAGCCCAUCGCCAUCAGCGUCACACCCUGUGUCCCCACUCCAGAGGUGCGGUGGGAGCGGAUGGACAGCCCUCUGUCUCCGGCGCGGGUCCGGAUGCUGAACUACGAGCACUGGCUCCAGAUCGAGAGCGUGUCGGAGGGGGAUGAUGGCGAGUACACAUGCACUGCCCAAAACAGCCAGGGCUCUGUUAAACACCACUACGCCGUCACGGUCGAGGCUGCUCCGUACUGGACCAGGCGUCCUGAGGACCAGCUGUACGCCCCAGGAGAGACUGUGAGGCUGGACUGUCAGGCUGAGGGCAUUCCCACCCCGAACAUCACCUGGAGCAUCAACGGUGUUCCCAUCGCAGGGACGGACUCGGACGCCAGGCGGCAUGUGAGCUCAGGGACACUGAUCCUGACUGACGUUCAGUACAGCGAUACGGCGGUCUAUCAGUGCGAGGCCACCAAUAAACACGGCAAUAUCCUGGUCAACACACACGUCCAUGUAGUUGAGCUGCCUCCUCAGAUCCUGACGGCAGACGGGCUCAUGUACAAGGCCACAGAAGGGCAAGCGGUCCUGCUGCGGUGCCGCACGUUUGGCUCCCCACAACCCAAAGUCGACUGGGAGAUUUUCGAGUUUGGUCCCGCUCUGGCCAAUGCUAAAAUGUCUCAGACGAGCGAUGGAAAUCUUCAGAUCAGUGACGUGAGUGAAGACGACAGCAACAUUUACACGUGCUCAGUGAGGCACAGCAACAGGAGCAUCAGUGCUGAGCUGGAGGUCCUGAACAGAACUAAGAUUGUGGACCCUCCUCAGGAUCUGCGGGUUUUACGUGGAGACGAUGCUGUUUUGCAGUGCAAAUAUACAGUGGACCACAAGUUAAAACAACCCACAAUUCAGUGGAAGAAGGACAAACACAAGAUCACAUCAUCUGCUAAUGAUGACAAAUACACUGAAUACCUCGACGGCUCUCUGAAGAUCACUGACAUUCGGAUGGAGGACUCGGGAAUCUACAGCUGUGAGAUCAGCACUAAACUGGACUCGGUCAGCGCCACCGGCUCCAUCACCGUACAGGAUAAGCCCGGUUCUCCUCACUCUCUGGAGUUGUCUGAAAGGAAGGAGCGUAGAGUCACGCUGUCCUGGAUGCCAGGCGCUCAAAACAACAGUCCUGUAUCUGAGUAUGUUAUUGAGAAGAAAGAGGAGCAGAAUCCAGAAAAGGGCCACUGGGAGGAGUACAGAAGAGUUCCUCAAGACAUCAGACACCUGGAGAUCCACCUGCAGCCUUACAGCACAUAUCACUUCCGGGUCAGAGCUGUCAAUGGCAUAGGAAUAAGCGAGCCCAGUCCUCCCUCAGACUCAUACAGCUACAAAAACUGUGGUAUCUGUUUGUUUUUCGCUCUCUCUCUCUCUCUCUCUCUCGAGAUCCAUCUGAGAAAGAAAGGCCCCAGAACUCACAGCCGAAGAGGCCUGCCGAUGCAAGAACCAGCAGCGGACAGGAACAGAGUGAUUGUGGUUCAUGGAAACAAGGUGGAGACGGCCGUGAGCGACUUGCAGUUUUACUCGAACUAUACUCUGACAGUUGCACCUUUCAACAGCAAAGGUGAAGGUCCGCAUUCGAAGGCGUAUCACUUUAGCACUCCAGAGGGCGCUCCUGGACCAGUUUCAUUUUUGACCUUCGAGAGCCCAUCUGAGACGGAGAUCACCCUGCGCUGGGAAGCUCCAGACAAACCCAACGGAGUGCUCACAGGCUACCUGCUACAGUACAAUGAACCUGUGCCUGGAAUUUCGAGCGCACAGCUGAUGGAAUCCAUCAACCUGCCUCUUGUUACUGAGUUCACACUGAAGAGUCUGAAUCCUCGGAUCCAAUACCACUUCAAACUCAGAGCACUCACCACUGCUGGUGAGGGGGAGCCAAUAGAAAUGGAGGGCGCCACCUUGCUGGAUGGAGAACCACCAUCUGCAAUCAACAUUGAAGCUGGACAAACAUCGGUUAACGUCAGUUGGGUGCCAGGAGAAAGACAGCGUAACUUUGCCUUUAGCUUCCGUUACCUGAAAAAAAGUGUGGGUGGUGAAUGGGAAGAGUCGGAGAACGUCAACUCCUCGCAGGCGUUCUAUCAGCUGCAGGGUCUGACGCCGGGUGUUCAGUACCACCUGCAGAUCCGGCCCGGAAACAACUCCUGGGAAUUCAAAACGGAUGGACCAGAGCUGCAUGAGUUGCCCAGCAGCUUUGCGACUCAGGGCUGGUUCAUCGGACUCAUCAGCGCCAUGGUUCUGCUGCUGCUGGUGCUGCUCAUUCUGUGCUACAUCAAGAAGAGCAAGGGAGGAAAGUAUUCAGUGAAAGAUAAAGAGGAGGAUCAGGUCGAUGGAGCUCGCACAAUGAAAGAUGGAGAGUUUGGAGAGUACAAGUAAACCAUUUCUUUGGACAAGUAUAUUAGCUAUCAGUACGAGGUCACCCCCUUUGGGCUGUUCCCGUCUCCCCACGUCUUCACGGAGGUCAUGGAGAGUGCCUUUGUCCCACUCCAGGAAGUGUGGAUUUGGAUACUCAACUAUCUCAACGAAUGGCUUAUAUUAGCGUACUCACAAGAUCUGCUGUGCAAGUACAGGGACUUGGUGCUUAGCACCUCCCUGGUGAAUCCCCCUGAGGAAGGACCUCCUUUCUCAGGGAUGAGGCACUAUUUGGCACCUGUGUCCAGAACUCUGGAACCUCCACGUGUGGCUUCUGUAUGGGGCAUGACAAACUUAAGGGCUUUAACACAGGCAGUUAUUGAUACUAUCACUAAGGCUACAGCCCCAUCUACUAGGCAGGCUUAUGCGCUGAAGUGGAGAAAGGUUUUAGAGGAGGCUGUCCCCUUCCACCUUGAAAGUGAUCUCUCUGUGGUUCUUGCUGGACUACAGAAGGCUCAUUUUGAGCCGCUCGUGUCAGUUGAGCUCAAGAUCUUGUCCCUUAAGACAGCUCUUCUGAUCAUGCUCACUUCCAUCAUGAGG